GGUUUUAUUUCUUUUACUACUACAAGUCACAAAACUAAGCUUAGCUAGCAAUCCAAAGCCAUGAAAUACAAUGAGAUAUCCCACUUCAGCCAUCCUCAACACAAGCUCAAGUUUGAGUACACAGAAAUCCCAUUCAACUGUGAUGGUUGCAAGGAGGUCGGCAUCGGCUCGUGCUACAAGUGCUCGACGUGUGACUUCGACCUCCAUAUGCACUGUGCCAUACCUACCCCUUCCAUCUUCCACCCUUUCUACACCAAGUGCUCAUUCCAGUUCCUCUCAAGGCCGCCCGGUGAUAGCCCUCGCUUUUGCAAUGCGUGUGAGAAGGAUAUAACCGGGUUCGUGUACCAUUGCAAGUCCUGCGGGUUCGACCUUCACCCGUGUUGCGCAAAGCUCCCCAUGGUGCUCGACGAUGGGGAGGUCAAGCUCUAUCUGUAUCGAAAAGUGAGUAGCUCUUGCCAUAGGUGCGGGCGUAAAGGACGGAGUUGGAGUUACAGAUCAAAAUGUAAGGAGUAUAAUUUGCAUGUGGCAUGUGUGAAGGAAAUGCUUGUGGAAACUUGGCAUGAGUUUUUGGGGUCGCAUGGUAAUAAAAGCAACAGCAGUAGAAAAUUGGAGAUGACCAGAAUUCCUAGCCUGAAGAAUACACUUCAGAAUCAUCACCGUCGGAGCAAAGGUAAGGUGAAGAAGUGUUGUGAGAUGGCAGGAUUGGCUGUGCAAUUUGUGAUAUCAGCAGUUUUAGGCGAUCCAACGACUCUGAUUGCUGGGGUUAUUGGGAAUUUCAUGUCACGAGCCUGAUGCGUGGUUGAUGAUGGGGUACGUGAUUGAUAGCAGCAUUUGGAGGAUAAAAUUGUUGUACUGUUAGUAAAUAUCACCUGGCUUACAGACAUGGUUUUGAAUCAAAUCAUUUAAAGCAAAAUAAUUAAAAACGAGUCUUCUUAAGCCAGCGUGAAGGAGACCCUUUUUAAUUAAAAGAAAAGAUUCUAUUAUCUUUUCUCCCAACCGAUAUUUCCACCAAAUCUCAUGUUGCAUUCACAUUCUCUAAUUGGGUAAUUCCCAAUUCAAAUUCCCUUUUUUCUCUAACCCCACCCAACCGAUCCCCAGUCCACCACCAGUUGUUGCACACCUCCACUUACCUCCUCUUCAUGACCACCACCAUGGUUCAUUUCUCUCAAAUAUCCACCACCACUUAAUCCCCUAAUUUCUAAAUUUAAGUAAGUUUUAUAUUUAGUCUGAAUUAAUCAUAUAGAAUGUUAAAAUUUAUGUGUAUUGUGUGGAAGUUUUAAUUCAUAAUAGAUUAUAGUUAUUGUUAA